AUGCAAGCUCUCCGCGCCUUCAACCUCCGCACAGCGGCCCGCACGCCAUUCCGUACCUCCGUACCUACCACUACCACGACCGCCGCGACGAGAACCUUUACAGCAUCCUCGACCCCGAGGUUCGCGUACAAGGACACCCAGGACCGCGAGUCGCUGAACCCGGCCUCUAACGAGGGCACCAAGACGGGCCGCGACACGGAGGUGGCGCACGAGAAGGAGGCGUUUGACCCCUCGACGACGCGGCCCAAUGGCGAGCAGAACGAGGACAGCGGCACGCUCGACGUCUCUGGCGCGAAUCAGGCUGCGUCGAAGCCGCAGGGGGAUAACCCUGGGCAGGGUAAGGGGAAGGGUGCUGGUGAGAAGGAGGGGGGCGGUGGUGGGGGGAGGAGCAGUGGUGCUGGGAGUGCGCCGAAGGCUGGGAAGGCGUGA